AUGGAGUUCGAAGCCGUGGAGAAGGACGGCAAGAAGAAGGACAUCGGCCGCGUGGAGUUCGAGCUCUUCUCCGCGGCGCUCCCGAAGACGUGCGAGAACUUUCGCAGCUUCUGCACGGGCGAGCGCGGCAACGGCGUCGGCUCCGGCAAGCCGAUGCACUACAAGGGCGUCAGGCUGCACCGCAUCAUAAAGGGCUUCAUGACCCAGGGCGGCGACGUCGUGAACGGCAACGGAACCGGGUCCGAGAGCAUCUUCGGACCGACCUUCGCGGACGAGUGGGCGGAUAACAAGUCACACGUCAAGCACCAGAAGGCGGGCAUGCUCGCCAUGGCCAACGCGGGACCCGACACCAACGGAUCGCAGUUUUACUUCACGCACAAGCCCACCGGCUGGCUCGACGGGAAGCACGUGGUUUUCGGGCACGUGGUGGACGGCAUGGAACGCAUCGAAUGGAUCGAGGCGAACGCGGGCAGCGGCGACGGGACCCCCGCGAUCGAGGUAAUCAUCAAAAACUGCGGCGAGGUCAAGUCCAAGUCCACCUGA